AGGAGGAGGAGCAGCCGCAGCUGGGAUUGGGGGCGGCCGGCGCCGCCCGCCCGGCCGGGGGGAGGAGGCGGCAGGAGGAGGAGCGGCGGCGCGGGCCGCAGCGAGCUGGCUGCGGUCGGCGCUGCUGCCCCUGAAGAUGGCGGCAGCGGAGGCGGCCGCUGCUCCAGGCGGCGGGAGCUGCUCGCCGGCGGGCGGCGGCUCGGUGCCCGUCCUCUUCUGCUUCUCCGUCUUCGCGCGGCCCUCCAGCGUGCCCCACGGCGCCGGCUACGAGCUGCUGAUCCAGAAGUUCCUCAGCCUCUAUGGGGACCAGAUAGACAUGCACCGCAAGUUCGUGGUGCAGCUCUUCGCCGAGGAGUGGAGCCAGUACAUAGACCUGCCCAAGGGCUUCCUGGUCAGCGAGCGCUGCAAGGUGCGCCUGGUGCCGCUGCAGAUACAGAUGACUACUUUGGGCAACCUGACACCCUCAAGCACUGUGUUUUUCUGUUGUGAUAUGCAAGAGCGAUUCCGGCCUGCCAUCAAGUACUUUGGUGAUAUCAUCAGCGUAGGCCAACGGCUGCUCCAAGGCGCACGGCUCCUAGGAAUUCCAGUUAUUGUAACUGAACAGUAUCCCAAAGGUCUUGGCAGCACUGUGCAAGAAAUUGAUUUAACAGGAGCUAAACUUGUGCUUCCCAAAACAAAAUUUUCAAUGGUGUUGCCAGAAGUUGAAGCAGCAUUAGCAGAGAUCCCUGGAGUGCGCAGCGUUGUCCUGUUUGGAGUAGAAACUCAUGUCUGCAUCCAGCAAACAGCACUGGAAUUAAUUGGCAGAGGUCUGGAAGUCCACAUAGUAGCUGAUGCCACCUCAUCAAGAAGUAUGAUGGACAGAAUGUUUGCUCUUGAGCGUCUUGCUCGUACUGGAAUUAUAGUUACUACUAGUGAAGCUAUAUUGCUGCAGCUGGUAGCUGACAAAGAACAUCCAAAAUUCAAAGAAAUCCAAAAUCUCAUUAAGGCGAGUGCACCUGAGUCAGGGCUCCUUUCCAAAGUUUAAAGAGGAUGUGGAGGAAGCGGAUGUCAUUGUCAUCUUCAAGGAGGAAGAAAAGCUGUAAGCGCACAUGUACACCUUCUUUCACUCAAAGUUUGGUAGAAGUGUAAAAUUAAAAAUUGACGUACUCAUGCUUGCCUUAGCAAAAUUGUCUGGUUACACAUCUGGAUGCCAGUAUGUUCUGUUUAGUUACAUCUGUCAGAGGCUUUGGGUACCGUAGGACCCUUUUGUUAUCAAAUAUCUUUAUUUAUUUGCAAAACAAAAAUUAACAGAGGUGCCCGCUAGCCUAUACUAUACACUGAUUGUAACAGCUCUGAAAAGUGCAUAUUUCUGUGACACCUCUUGAUUGUGCACUUUGUAAAAGCAUUCUGUGAUACUCUGUUUUACUUUUGUAUUAAUAGAAGACAAUUACAUAUUGGAUAAAUGUGAUGUGAUACGCUUUAAUGUUCUAUGUAAAUGAAGUAUUUUAAUAGGGCAUAAGUUAAAACCAAGUAAGAUAUAGGGACUACAUGUGUGCUUUUGUUCUCUAGGUUAAAAUUUAAGUGCUUUGCUUCAUAGACAAGACACAUAGAUCAAGCAGCAGCUCUCUAGGUAGCUGAAACCUGCAUCACAACUUUCAAUUAUUCCAAAAUUGACUGCCCAACCCUGUACUUCACUUAAGUGUACGCAAACAGAAAACUGUCAUUCAAUGAGUUCUUUAUAAACAACUGGUGUGAAGUCCUUCAGAACUAGCAGAAGAUUACCAAAACUUCAAAUAAUUUGGCAAUGCUAAGGAUGUUAAAGAACAAAAGCUUUUCAGCUUCGAGUGCUGAAUCUACUACUAUAUUUAGAUUUAUUUGGAUUUUUGUUUUGUUUUGGGGGUUUUUUUUACCCUAUUUUAGUUAGAUUGAAUAAUUCCAUCUGAUUUACUCAUUUGGCCAAGCAAGCUCUGAAAGAAACCUCAGCUUCUCUAGGUUUUUGCGCUUUUUUUCUGGGAUGCAGUUGGGUGGAGUUUGAAUGGAAUCUGGCCUAAAAGCAUUCUUCAGAAAAAUAGCAUCUUUAACUUAAUGAUAUAUAUUUUUUCUAUCUAGAACCAAUCUUCUAACACAUGACUGUUUAUAAAGGCACUUCCUUCACGUUCCAGUGGUUUAAACAAUGUUGUAUAAAGUUUACAGUGUGUCUGAGACAUUUAUUUUUUUAAAAGAGUACUAGAAGAUGUCAUACUGAACACUGAUCUUUUUGGUAGAUAACCUAUUAGAGUACAUGUAUUGUUUUAAAUUGCUUACUUUCCCCACAAGAUGGCUCUAAAAAAAUUGUUUCAGAGAGUUGUAACCUUUAUAUGUUCAAAAUGAAUAAAAUGUUAACAUU